AUGGUGGGAGCAACUUUGUUUCACCGAAGAAAGCAUUCAUGGCCGCCAGAGGAGUUUAUCAGCAGAAACACCCUGCAAUUACUUGAUUUCGAUAGUGCUGCUCCGCCACCACACGCAUGGAGGAGGAGACUAAACUGUCAUGCAAAUAUCCUGAAAGAAUUCAGUAUAACGUUUAGAGAAGCCGUUAAAAUGGUUCGUUUGGGGAUACGGCUAUGGUCUUAUGUCAGAGAAGAGGCCUCCCAUGGAAGGAAAGCACCUAUUGAUCCUUUCACCAAAGAGAACUGCAAACCAUCUGCAUCCCAAGGUGUUCCACUUGGAGGAAUGGGAAGUGGAAGCAUAUCUAGGGGAUUCAGGGGUGAGUUUAAGCAGUGGCAAAUUAUUCCGGGAACAUGUGAUACAUCACCUAUGAUGUCUAAUCAGUUCUCUAUUUUUAUUACUCGAGAUGGUGCGCACAAAAAGUAUGCAUCAGUUUUGGCUCCAGGCCAGCAUGGAAGUUUAGGAAAAUCGCGUGAUAAGGGUAUUUCUUCAUGGGGUUGGAAUCUGAAUGGCCAGCAUUCCACUUAUCAUGCUCUAUUUCCUCGGGCCUGGACUAUAUAUGAUGGUGAGCCUGACCCAGAGUUAAAGAUUUCAUGCCGGCAAAUAUCCCCCUUUAUACCAAACAAUUACCGAGAUAGUAGUCUUCCAGCAGCUGUGUUUGUAUAUACU